GCCUGUUUGUUGUUUCUCCUCGGGCUCGGGAGGAAGAAGUUACUCGUCCUCGGCUCUGUCGUGUCUCCGUCUCUCGGGCGUUAAGGGAAACGGAGAGAGUUACAGAGAAAGCUCCGCUGUCUCCCCCCUGACCACAGGACGAGACAAGUGUGGACCUGAAAGACGGAACGGAUAAAGAAACGUGAACAUCACCUUGUGAGCACCGCGCGGUGCUGCUCCUGCUGCUGCUGCUCCUCCUCGAGCCAACGUGCGACACUCGGAGUGAGUGUGGAGCAAAACCGGGGAAUGACUUAAACAUACCCGGAGAUGGUUGACUACACGCGGGGGCCUUCACAGACACUACUACGGCUGCUACUGUGAACUGUAUGUCCUACAACUGAACAUACCAGAGAGAGAGAGAGAGAGAGAGAGGAUUAAACAAAGUGCUCCUUCUUCUUCUUCAGCAGCAGCAAACGGAUUAAUCAUGCCGGACCAAAUCACAGUUUCAGAGUUUGUGGCGGAGACGAAUGAAGACUAUAAAUCACCCACUGCCUCCAACUUCACCACCAGAAUGUCCCAUUGCAGGAACACAGUGGCUUCUCUGGAGGAGGCUCUGGACGUGGACCGCAGCGUUCUGUACAAGAUGAAGAAGUCCGUGAAAUCCAUCUACACCUCGGGUCUGGCUCAUGUGGAGAACGAGGAGCAGUACACUCAGUCCCUGGAGAAGUUUGGAGAAAACUGUGUGUACAGAGAUGACCCUGAUCUCGGCUCAGCCUUCCUCAAGUUUUCUGUAUUUACCAAGGAACUCACUGCACUUUUUAAAAACCUGUUCCAGAACAUGAACAACAUCAUCACCUUCCCUCUGGACAGUCUGCUGAAAGGAGAUCUGAAGGGAGUCAAGGGGGAUCUUAAAAAGCCCUUUGACAAAGCCUGGAAGGACUACGAAACAAAAGUCUGCAAAGGACAUUCCUUACUGAAAGGCACCAAGAUAGAGAAGGAGAAGAAGGAGCACGCGAGGCAGCACGGGAUGAUCAGGACGGAAAUUAGCGGGGCAGAAAUCGCCGAAGAGAUGGAGAAAGAGAGGAGAUUCUUCCAGCUGCAGAUGUGUGAGUAUCUCCUCAAAGUGAACGAGAUCAAAAUCAAGAAGGGGGUGGACCUGCUGCAGAACCUCAUCAAGUAUUUCCACGCACAGUGCAAUUUCUUUCAGGACGGUCUGAAGGCUGUGGACAACCUGAAGCCUUCCAUUGAGAAACUGGCCACGGAUCUGCACACGAUAAAACAGGUGCAGGAUGAGGAGAGGAAGCAGCUCACACAGUUGCGAGAGGUUCUCAAGUCGGCGCUGCAGGUGGAGCAGAAAGAGGAUUCACAGGUGCGGCAGAGCACCACCUACAGCCUGCACCAGCCACAGGGCAACAAGGAGCACGGCACAGAGCGCAGCGGAUACCUCUACAAGAAAAGUGACGGUUUGAGGAAAGUUUGGCAGAAGAGAAAGUGCACGGCGAAGAACGGAUACCUCACCAUCUCACACGGCACUGCUAACAGACCACCAGCUAAACUCAACCUGCUCACCUGCCAGGUAAAACACAACCCUGAAGAGAAGAGGAGCUUUGACCUCAUAUCGCACGACAGAACAUAUCACUUUCAGGCCGAAGACGACCAGGACUGUCAGAUUUGGAUCUCAGUGCUGCAGAACAGUAAGGAGGAGGCGCUGAAUCAGGCCUUCAAAGGAGACCAGCAUGUUGGCGAGAACAACAUCGUGCAGGAGCUGACCAAGGCGAUCCUCGCAGAAGUGAAGCGGAUGACGGGGAACGACGUGUGCUGUGACUGCGGCGCGCCCAACCCAACUUGGCUCUCAACCAACCUGGGCAUCCUCACCUGUAUUGAAUGCUCGGGAAUCCACAGGGAGCUGGGCGUCCAUUACUCCAGGAUCCAGUCGCUCACUUUGGACGUACUCAGCACCUCAGAGCUCUUGCUGGCCAAGAAUGUGGGGAACGCUGGCUUUAAUGAAAUCAUGGAGGCUUGUUUAAGUGCUGAAAAUGUGGUGAAACCCAACCCAGCCAGUGACAUGCUGGUGAGGAAAGACUUCAUCACAGCCAAAUACACCGAGAAGCGCUUCGCCAGGAAGAAGUGUCCCGACACGACGUCCCGGCUCCACACGCUAUGCGACGCGGUGAAGGCGCGCGACAUUUUCUCCCUCGUCCAGAUGUAUGCCGAGGGCGUCGACCUCAUGGAGCCCAUACCUCUGGCCAACGGACACGAACAUGGGGAGACGGCCCUGCACCUUGCAGUGAGACUAGUGGACAGAACGUCUCUGCACAUCGUCGAUUUCCUCACUCAGAACAGCUUGAAUUUAGAUAAACAGACAGCCAAAGGCAGCACGGCACUGCACUACUGCUGCCUGACCGACAACAGCGAGUGUCUAAAGCUGCUGCUGCGAGGGAAGGCCUCCAUAGAGAUUGCUAAUGAGGCCGGGGAGACGCCGCUGGAUAUCGCUCGUCGGCUCAAACACGUACAGUGUGAGGAGCUGUUGAACAAAGCGCUGUCGGGGAAAUUCAACGCUCACGUCCACGUUGAGUACGAGUGGUGUUUGCAGCAUGAGGACCUGGAUGAGAGUGAUGAAGAUCUGGAUGAAAAGCCCAGCCCUCACCGCCGAGACGAGCGCCCGGUCAGCUGUUACACCCCCAACACGACGAACUCCAACCACGGCCACGGCGGCCGCGACAAGCAGCGCGCUUACAUGCCCAACCUGGUGAACAACGAGACCUACGGCACCAUCCUCAACGCCAACGCGCCGCAGCCCGUCAACAACUCUGCGCCGCCCCUGCCGCCGAGAAACCUGGUCCAGUUACCUGGUCUGGGAGGGAUCGGUCAGUCCUCCAUGUCCAGCAGCUGGAAGCCCGGUUCUUUGGACCUGGUCGGGCGACAAAGAUCGUCGUCGGAUCCCCCCAACAUGCACCCUCCCGUUCCCCCACUGAGACUCACUUCUACUGGAGGUCUGGGUCCUCCGAUGGCAAAGAUGGAAGCUAUGAACAUACAGUCCAAGUCUGGCCAGGGAUCAGUUGGGUCCAGAGCAGCACCACCUAAAUCUCCUGCAGGCAGAGGGCCGCUGCAUCGGACGCACUCUAUCGAAAGACCAGCUAAGGAAGUGCCAGGAUGCCCCCAGAACUCCAUAGGUCAGUCUCUGCCUCCAGCCCCCAUGCCCAGGAAGGCCUAUCCGAAACAGCGGCCGAAGCGAGUGAAGGCCAUCUACAACUGCGCCGCCGACAACCCAGACGAGCUGACCUUCUCUGAGGGCGAGGUGAUCGUGGUGGACGGCGAGGAGGACCAGGAGUGGUGGCUGGGCCACAUCGAAGGCGACCCGGUGCGACGAGGAGCCUUCCCGGUGACGUUUGUGCACUUCAUCGCCGACUGAUAGGUCGCCCGGGUGCUUCCGAGUCCCCACCUUCACUCGCCCAUGUCUCGUCAGCCCUCCAUCGUCCCAGCGAUUUUCAUCAUCAUCAUCAUUCUCGUCAUCGUCGGCGUGCUCGUGGGAGCGUGUUGUGGUUGUCGUCGUCAAGGCAACCGUCGGAUGCCUAGCUGCCAUCGAUGACUCUUGGGGGACUUGUAUGUGAUUUUGAAUGCUUGCUGUUAAUGUCUCUGACACAGACGACACUUUAAGAUUUAAAAAAAACCAACAACUAUGUUUGUAGUGAGCAGCCUCUCACAAUAAAUACACCGUCUUUGUCUUAUCCUUGUUACAACGUUAGGGCGACGUGACAUCCUGAAGGUUCAGUGUCUCUCGACAUGCUUACACUCCACCGCUGUUCAUUGUUGUAAUACCUUCCAUUAUAGUACAGUAACAACAUGGUAAUAGUAAUAUUAUGGUCGUAGCUCACGCAGUUUCCUUGGUAAUAACAAUGUAACAGUGUGAUAAUGACAGUAAUACUGUGUUAUUUCCAGAAAAGUAACAAGACUUACUGUAGCUACCAUCACUGUAACACUUCCACACUCAUUUCCAUUGUUAUUAUUGGUGAUUACUUCACAAAUAAGAUGGCAAUACUGUAAUAUUACUUCCUUAUUACAAAUUAUCCACCAUAUUGUCGCUUUACUGUAUCGUUUUGAGCUUCUGGGUGCGACUCUUCAGACUGUGGCCCUCCUGUGGGGAGAGUUUUCUCACGGUGCUAAUUUAACCCCCAGAAUAGGCUCCAAGCUGCACCCAAGCGAGCAAUUCUCUGUCCUCUGUCCUCGUCUCAAGGACAAGACUAGCUCUGACAGGAGGGGGGGCGACGCUGCAUGUGAACAGUCUUCCCCUCUGCUCACCUGGAAGAAAAGCUUCUUCUUUCUGCCUGUAGCUAAUGUGUUGGGAUCAACACUCAGCAGUUCUUCUUCCUCCUCCUCCUCCUCCUGCAGUUUUAGGUCAAAUGACGACACAGCCUGGAACAGCAGCAGCAGCAGCCAGUUAUUACUUUAGCGUCGAGUCUUGACACCUCAGCCACUUUUCCCCUGUCAUCUGCCUUAUUAGUGGGAAAAGGAAGAGACUCUUCUGCACAGUAAAAGCUGAGAACGAUAAAAGUGAAAGAGAAAGCAGGAGUCGUGUUUUCCCUUCUUUUCGUCUCCAUCGAGUGAAAAUAAGUCUCUAACUGGAGACGGCGAGAAAUGAAUGUCCUUCCUCCAGCUCUUACGUUCUUGUUUGUACAUUUCUGGGAUCCUGUUCAUGUUGAAGGAUUAGUUUAUCUAGAGUGUGACGAGAUGAAUAUAAAACAUACAAUGUUGGUUGCAGAGCAACUUUCUUUCUCUUCAUAAUGUCGAUAUAUAUAUAUAUAUAUAUGUAUAUGUAAGGCAUUUAGCCAGAGACCGCAGGCUCCCAUGGGUUUGUGACCGAGGAGAAAAAGCAUGCGACUCACAGCUGAUGCUCUUCUUCUUCAUCGUUGUGUUUAUUAUUAUUAUUAUUUCACUGGAAAACAGGAAAAACCUAAUAACCUAUUCAUGUAAAUACAUUUGUUUUCUGUUUUUGUUGAUAUUUAAAUGUGUAAAAAAAAAUCUAGAGUUAAAAAAAAAAAGCUGGGAAGUAAAUGUGACGGUGACAGAUUUGACCUCAGCUUGACCUGUGUGUGUGUGUAUGUGUGUGUAUUCAACACAUAUGCACUCACUACUGGGAAGUUACACUGGGUUCAUUCUCAUUAACUGUUUGUGGAUCACUGCGGUAGCUCUCGACUCUCUGUUGUGCAAGAAAAUGGGGAAAUUAAACUGGAAUAAUAAAAUAUGAAAUAAUGCAA